GCGCCCCGGAAGCGGAAGUGCAGUUGAGGUUACGGGGGGUUCCAAAAUGGCGGCCCUCACAGCGCUGGUGUCCGGCUGUGGGCAGCUGUUCCGAGGGCUCCUAGGGCGCCCAGCCGCCAUCAGCUGGGCUCGACUACCAGCACGCGGGUUCAGGGAAGUGGUGGAGACCCAGGAAGGGAAGACAACUAUAAUCGAAGGCCGCAUUGUACCAACACCCAAGGAGAGUCCAAAUCCCCCUAACCCCUCAGGCCAGUGCCCCAUCUGCCGCUGGAAUCUGAAGCACAAGUACAGCUAUGAGGAUGUGCUGCUGCUCAGCCAGUUCCUGCGGCCCCACGGCGGUAUGCUGCCCCGGAGUGUGACAGGCCUGUGCUUAGAGGAGCACCGCAAGGUGGAGGAGUGUGUGAAGAUGGCGCACCGGGCAGGUCUGCUCCCGAAUCACAGGCCUCGGCUUCCCGAAGGGUUCGUCCCAAAGAGCAAGCCCAAGCUGAACCGCUACCUCACCCGCUGGGCUCCACGCUCUGUCAAACCCAUCUACAAAAAAGGCCACCGCUGGAACAAGGUGCGCAUGGCUGUGGGCUCACCACUGCUGAAGGACAACAUCUGCUACUCGGGUGGCCGUUGGACGCUGUACCACUGACCUAAGGCUGGCCCGAGCACCUCCUGCCCACCUCACCAGGGUGGCCUGGCUCCGCCAGCAAGCAGCACAAGGGACAGUGGUACCACUUCUGUGCCUGGGCUCCAGGUACCACAGUGGCCUCCUGACUGCCGUGGGAUAUGCCCAGUGCUAAGGGCAGUUUCACCCUAGGGACAGUCAUUUAUAAACCAGGCUCAUGGCUUCUC